GACCGGAAGUUGUAUUGUAGUUCCGGAGGCUAACGGAGAUCAUGCUAACCUGAUGCUAACAGGGGACAGGUGUUGUGACGAGGUGUCUCCCGGGUGUUGUUGCCAUGUGAACCGGUGGUUGCGCAGAGCAUCAUGGGGCGCAGCAGCAGUCGUACUCUCUCCCACGGCGUUCCAGUGGCGGCUGUGUGCCUCGCUGCCUUGCUCAUGAGCAACGUCUUGAUCUACCUUUAUCUGGAGUCAGUGUAUCAGACCGAUGAACUGCUGGCGCCCUCUCAUGGCGGCUGUUUGCCUCGACACUUUAAGAUGGUGUUGAUGAAGAACUGCACUCCGUGGCUCCAGUGUUCACAGAUAAGAGCAGAAGUCCGCAAGCUGAAGCUGAUUGGCCAGGGAGCUGUGAAGAAGGUCUUUCUGGCUGAGUGGAGAGCCCAGAAGGUGGCGCUGUCCAAACUGUCCUCUCUGGAUUACCUGGAGGAUUUUCUCCAUGGACUGUCCAUGCUACAGGCUCUGCAGGGCCCCCAGGUGGUGCAGUUGGUGGGAUUUUGCCUUGAAGACCACACCCUGGUCACAGAGCACCAACCGCUCGGCUCCUUGCUCAACUUGGACGCUGUUUUUGCACAAGAGCAGCACCAGCAACACAACACGUGGCAAACACGACUGAGGCUGGCGACGGACUACGUCUCCAUCCUCCAUUACCUCCACAACAGCCCGGCCGGGCGGCGGGUCAUGUGCGACUCCAACAGCCUCGAGAAAACGCUCUCCCAGUUGCUGCUGACGAGCGACUUUCACCUGGUGGUCAACGAUCUGGACGCGCUGCCUGAGGUGGACCAAUCCAGAGGCACGUUGGUGAGAUGUGGCCACAGAGAGCUCACAGGGGACUUUGUAGCUCCGGAGCAGCUUUGGCCAUUCGUGAACGAGGAGAAGCCAUUUUCCGACGAGCUCAUGCCCGGGUACGACGAGAAGACGGAUAUCUGGAAGAUCCCUGACGUGACAUGGUUCCUGAUGGGGAGAGUUCCCGGAGGAGAUUUAGUCCACUUCCAUCUCUUUCAGAUCCACGAGGAGUGUAAGAAGACGGACCCCAGGCUGCGGCCCUCGGCUCAGGACGUUUUAAAGGUGUACAGAUCAGUCUACAGCAGCAUGGUCCGAGACGCUGCUGGAAUCAGAGACAUGCUGUAGAAGAAUGACUCUGAAAACUAGAGAUCAGCUCGACGACCAUCCACAUGUCGACUUUCUGACCCACAUGGUCUCAACGUUUUUGUCUUUGAUGAGAUUUGGUCCCUGAGAUGUCGUCUGACCCUCAAGGAUUCAGGACUCAUUAAAUCCUCUUUAACUCAGCACCAGCUGUAAAGGUUUGGGACUCAGACUCACAGCCACUGACAUACAUGAAUGUUCAAGCUACAGUUUGACAGUGUUGCAGUUUUAAUAAAAACUGUUUUGUUACUUGAAAAAA